UUCGCCUCCGAACGCCGGACCGAGAACUUCCCUGCGCCGGUAUGGGGAAGCGAACGACAUCAUAAAAGUUUCCCGCGGCGCGAGCUCGACGGAACUCACAUAGGAACUGUACGGCGUACGCCACACCGCUGACAACUUACCAAAGUUUUACAAAGUUAAAUGUGGUUGAAGUAUAGAUGCGGCUAGCUACGGUUUCAUAUGAAAUAGUGCAUACGUUUUGAGUGUGUGUGUCCGUUGUUUUGUUUUACUCGGCCGAGGUGGUGGCGAGUGGUAGCGGUGGCUGUGGGACCGCGCUGGUGGUUAAAAGGAAUCGAUACUGCGGUGGGAGCGGCAAAGUUUCAUUUAUCUAAUGAUGUCGCGGAGGGCUGAGCCAUCGCGGACGGGGUGAACGUCUCCGCAUGCCAACACUCCGCAGUCAACAGAAAGAUGUCCUAAUAUGGGUUGGUCAUGCGUUGUGGCACGCGCCGUGGCUUUCCUCUUUAUGCUCAGCCGAGCGUCCGCGCUCACCUCCGACAUCUUUGCGGCGGGCAAGUCGGACAAAGAGAUUUUGGACAAUCUGUUGAAAAAUUCCCGCUACGACAAAAGACUGCUUCCACCAGUAGAUGGUGUCCUCACCGUAAAUGUUAGCGUGCUACUUCUUAGUUUAGCGUCUCCAGAUGAAUCUAGUCUUAAAUACGAGGUUGAAUUCCUCCUUCAGCAACAAUGGUAUGACCCGCGGCUCCGGUAUUCGAAUCAGUCCCAUUACGACUAUUUGAAUGCCAUCCACCAUCACGAAGAUAUUUGGCUACCCGACACGUACUUCAUUAUGCACGGUGACUUCAAAGAUCCGAUAAUUCCGAUGCACUUUGCGUUGCGGAUCUAUCGCAACGGGACUAUCAACUAUCUGAUGAGACGUCACCUCAUACUGUCUUGUCAGGGACGGCUGAACAUCUUCCCCUUCGACGACCCAUUGUGUUCAUUUGCCUUAGAGAGUAUAUCCUACGAGCAAUCUGCCAUAACGUACGUGUGGAAGAAUGAUGAAGACACGCUGCGGAAGUCGCCAUCUUUGACGACCCUCAACGCUUACCUCAUACAGAACCAGACCAUACCUUGCCCCAUAAAAGCCAGUUGGAGAGCUGAUGGUAUUUCACUUUACGAGGACGAUGAAGAGCUGACAUGUAAUCUUUGCCAGAGACGCUUUGAGGAGCAAGGUAACUACAGCUGUCUAAAGGUGGACCUUAUUUUUACGAGAGACCGAGCAUUCUACUUUACCACAGUUUUUAUUCCUGGCAUAAUCCUGGUGACCUCUUCAUUCAUCACAUUUUGGCUGGAAUGGAACGCAGUUCCGGCUCGUUCCAUGAUAGGUAAUUACAGCUGCCUCAAAGUGGAUCUCAUCUUCACGCGGGAUAGAUCAUUUUACUUCACCACUGUUUUUAUUCCGGGAAUCAUUUUGGUGACCUCAUCAUUUAUUACUUUUUGGCUGGAAUGGAAUGCUGUGCCUGCUAGAGUCAUGAUCGGUGUAACUACAAUGUUGAAUUUCUUCACAACAUCAAACGGUUUUCGGUCAACAUUGCCGGUUGUAUCGAAUCUCACAGCUAUGAACGUAUGGGACGGCGUCUGCAUGUGCUUCAUAUACGCGUCGCUUCUGGAAUUCGUGUGCGUGAAUUACGUCGGCAGGAAGCGUCCUUUGCAUAACGUCGUGUACCGCCCGGGAGAGAACCCCGUCACACAGCGACUACCCGCAGUUCUGAGCAGAAUUGGCAUUAUACUGGCCAGCCCCUUGGAGGCGAUGGCAUUUCUCAACUGGUCUAAAACUGAUACGUCUGAGCCGGACACUAGCGGCGCUGGUGAUAAAAAGCGCGAGUCGAGUGGCGCGGCUGAUAUAGUUACGUGUACAACUUGCACCGCGCCAGGAGCUUGUACUCACACGGCCAACAACGGCGGCGUCUCCGAGCCAUGUUUCGUCCAGGUCCGUAAAAAGGAGCCGCCUCACCCCAUCAGAGUGGCCAAGACCAUCGACGUCAUAGCUCGAAUCACUUUCCCGACCGCAUACGCGGUAUUUCUUAUCUUCUUCUUCAUUCACUACAAAGCCUUCUCUUAAUUAUAAAUAGUGCGAGCUGCUUAUGUACGUUCCAAGUUAGCGGCUUCGUGUUUUUCAUCUCGUUACACGGCAAUAUUUUUUUUUUAUAAUAUUAGAUAGAACACGAGAUCUGAUGAUAUUUUUGAUGAAUUUCCAUUCGAUUUAAGUAAUUCAUAAAAAUAUAAGUAACAUGUAGUUAUAAGAACAGUAUGGAACAAAAAGACUCUGUACCUUCGUUAAACAGCUAACCGGUCAAUAAUCUGAUGUAUGUUCCGAGGCUAUGAAAUAGGUUCCUUAUUAUUAUGAAUUAUGUAUUGAAAGGUGAGCCAGUCGGUUAAAAUCUUGAAGUAGGGUUAACUGGGAACAAUUCACAUAUAGAUAUAUCGUGAAUCGUGGUAAAUAUUUCUAUGAUGGUGAUUAAAUUUCAGGGCGUUCGUCAAGUAAAGAAAUCUAUUUCAUUACCUACAGACAACCAAAUUUUAUUGAAACUAAUAUAAGAAAUUCUAAGAUUGUUGUAGAUUUUAUAUAAAUAUAUAUAUAUAUUUAUUUAAAUUAAUUUAAUAUUAAAUUAUAAUCCAUACACAUUUGUUGUGAUACCAAUGAUAGAAAUCGCUUUUAGGGGUUUUCGUAUCACGCUCAUCACUCUGUGAGUUGAAAUUUAAGUUAGACGAACAAUGUUUAGACUUAGAUAACAGAAGCUCAAAUAGGUAUUUUUGUUAAUCUUAGACACCUAAUGAUCAUUCUCUGUAUGUAGACGUUAGUAAUACCGAACAUGCCUUGAACAUGCCUUCUAAUCACACCUUUGAAUGGAUUUGACUCAUUUGCCUGUUCAAACAUACCUUUUAUAAGCAAUUAGAAUUGUGUACAGCCAAUUUGGCCAUACUCAUUUAGCUACUACUAAGUUGUAUAGCACUUGUAAGUGGGUAUACACAUUUGAGUCAUUAUUUUAAUAAAAAAAUAAAUAUUGUAACUUGGAUUAUAAAUUAUAAAAUAGUUUCCGCAUACUAUGAAAAUGUAUACAUACGUGCCUUAGUUUUCAUUUGGAUGUUGAAGAUUUUUUGAAUAAAAUUUUUUUUAUGGUAUGAAAAGGAAGGCAUGUUACCAAAUUAUUGUGACGAAAGUACAUAUAGAACUAUAAUAUUAUUUACUUGUUAUGUUUUCAGUUAAAUUAAUAUUGUUACAUAAUAUAAUAAUUUUAUUUCAAUAUGUUACAUAUUAUUUAUUAUAUCCAAUAAAUAUCAAACUACUAAGACAUUUGAAUAUAUACGUGAAGUUCUUUAAGAAGAAUAUCAGUAAUUUAUAUGGAAAAUGUAUGCUGAAAUUGAUGUAAACUUUUUUCUUCAAUAUAUCGGUUUGUACGAACUUUCAGUGACUGAAGUGAAUAUGAAGUAGCAUUUUGUUUAUUUGAACACAUAAAUUAGUUUAUCCAUUUAUAAAAUUAUAUAUUGUUCGUGUGAAACGUACCUUGUGGUAUUUGUCCAUUUUAAAUUAGACUGUAGUAAGACCUAAGCUUUUUAUUCCAAUUACUUUUCAUUGUGGUGUCUUCGACACCUCUGCCUUUUGCUUGUCGAUAAAGUGGACCAAGAGUCGACAUUUGGUAUUUGAUAUAUACCUUAUCUAAUAUAUGUAUAGAUAAAAAUUACCAAAUAAGAAACCCGUUUUGGCUGUGCUUGAAUAUUGUAAAUUAUAUUGUACGUGAACAAGUAAGGUUAAGUAGAGAUACUCGAAUCUAUUUGGCAGCACUGUAAACGCCUUGAAUACAGCUACGUUCGUAAGUGAAUAGCUCGUAUAUGCUUUUCAGUCGUCGUCUUAUUUCUUAAAGCUUCUCAAGUGUAACUACUAUCUGGUAGCUCUACUUCAUCAUACCGUUCAUAAUUGUAUAGUAUUAUGUACAUUAUAAUUAGUUGUUUUAUCUAAAACCUGAUGUUUAAUUUUUUGAAAUAUUUAUUAAAGUAAAAUACGGUGGGCUAACGAAAAAACUUACAUGAAUUUACGCCAUAUAUAAGUUUUGAAAGAUAUUAUUUGGAAAUUAAGUAUAUAUAUAGAUUCGCUAUAACCUCUUCGAAAUAAAUUAUCAGAAACGCUUACUUAUCUGUGGUAGAGAAACUCAGAUCUCUACCUACAAUUCAUAGUUCAAACAAAUAACUUUAGUUAAUUAAAAUAUAUAUACAUAUAUAUACUUUUAUAAAAAUAUGGUGUACCAAUAACCAUUCCCAGAUUUGAAAGUUAUAUUUAAAGUGAUACUAUUUUAAUUCGCAAUGUUCUAACUUCUACUGUUAUAUUAAGAUUUAAAAAAAAAACAUAUCAUUCGCUUUAUAAGACGAAAAAUGCUAUAUUCUGUUAUAAAUAUUUAAAAUUAUAUUCAGGCGUUAUUUCAUCUAGUUAUUGUUGGAUUUAUCUUAUGACUUCGUUUUCGUUUUGAUAUACUAUUUCUAUACAUUUAUAAAAAAAUGUCUUGUUAACAUUGCUAAACAUAUAUUUACGUUAUGUAAUUAAAUUUUAUUCAACUAUACCCACUUACUAAAUAAUUCAAUGAAAUUGCAGCUCUUUAAGCGCUUAUUGCUUUAAAAGAUAUUAAUCUACAUAUAGCUAACGGUAAUUUACAAAAAAUUUAUAGUGCAAUUCUCUUGUUAGCCAAUUUCACGAGAAAUGUAGUUUUUGAGCUUAAAAUCAGCAUGAUAUUUCAAAUAAUAUUCAAUCGGCAAGAGUAAGUACUAAAAACCAGCAACCAAUGCAGACAUAAAAGUUGCAUUGCCCUGAUUAAUAUAAAUUAUUCCUUGAAUAUUAAUUUAUAUUGAUUUCAUAUAAAUCUAAGUGCAAGGGUUAUUUUAAAUCGAUAUAAGAAUAUUACAGUUAAAUAUAAAAUAUAGUUUUUUGGCUUGAGAUUUAGAAUGCUUUGCCCGAUCACAAUUCAAUUAGCUUUGUUAAGAAUUAAGUAGGUAUGUUACCAGCUUUAGAUUGUAAGGUAUAAUUAUAUUAUUUGAAAAACAAUUAAAAUGUCUAUUGUAGCAACAGGCUUAUAGUAAUUUGUAUGCCAAUAUACAACACUAACUUGAAAAGUUGUUAUGUUUCUAUAUAAAUAAUUAUAUUCAACAUUCAGCCACCGAGACGUGAACGCGUCAUUUGUUAAUUGGUUUAGUAUGUUCGUUGAUUUAACAUAAUUUUCUAAUAAAUAAUUUGAAUGAUCUGUAGCAAUAAAUAAGUGAUAUACCUAUAUAUAUAUUUCAAAAUAGAUAGUAAUAAAUAUGAAGAUGUAACGACUUUUCUAGUUUUCAAGAAUAUUUUACACAGAGUUCAGAAGAAAUAAUCUAUUUUAAACUAAUAGGUACCUUAUCUUUCAAAGCCCUUCAAACCAUAAUAUUCCGUCCAGUAGUUACUCGCCUUUAUAUUAUUGAUAUUAAUGUUUUUGACAUCGACUUCCUAACUAGCAUUCUUCUGUCCUUACUAAUACUAAUAUAUUUGUAUUGUCAGUCACAAAAGCACCACUAAGCUAUUUAGAUCGAUUCUAACUUGAUACCAUAAUAAAAUAUUUAAUUUUAAAUUUUUAAGUUAUAUUCAAAAUAUGGCAACAAUUUCGUCUGAAAAAUACUUUACUUAAAUAUUCUUGUUCACUAUUAUGUACCUAUCAAUCCACUAACCACUUGAAGUACCUAGUAUAAUAACGUUAACAAUUCAUUCUGAACUUUAAGGUAAAAAUUAAAUCUUACUAAACGUUCAUCGCUUUCAAUAAAAUAGGAAGCGAAUAGUGAAUUUAAGUAGAUUAAAUUAGUUUUAAGACGCACGAAAAGACAUUAGUGAGAUAACAUUUAGUGCGUAAAUUUUAUAAAAUUUCAUUGAAUAAUAAAUAAUGUUAAAGAAAUCACUUAAUUAUGUGUUUAUUGUAUCCACGAAUGUCAUUUAAAUAGCCAACACUGUUGCAGUUUCGCUAUAUAAAAUAUAUCUGUUUUGAACAAUAAUUAUUUACCAUUAAAUAUUACCUAAUAUUUAAAAUGCUUUUAAAUUUAUUGAUUAUUAGAAGAGUUCUAAACCUGCUUAUGAUGUAAUCAUAUAAGAAAUAUAACCAACGAUGUUAUAUACUAUAAAAUUGUUCUAUAAAGCUUAAGAAGAUUUAUAGAAUAUUUGAUUAUAACCAAUAUAAAAGUCGGCUUCAUUUCUGUCAAACGCUUUAAUGACAUUACAAAUGUGUCAAAUAUAGACAAACGUCAAGUAUAGUACAAAAUAUUGUAAACAGAAAAACAGUUGCCAUGAUUAAAUGAUGUGUAAUACAUAUUAAGAAUAAACUUCAAUAAUUCAUGUAAUGCUCGUGGUUAUGUAUUUUAAGUUAUUUUACAAGUUAUAUAUAGUAAUUAUCGGUAACUACCUACUUAUAAUUGAUAAAGGUAAAAUUGCUAUUCACGCAUCGCCUUGUGUAAAUAAUGAUGACUGGAUGUCAAGUUGUAUGUUGCAUUGUAAAUAAUUUUAUUAUAGUAUUUAUGAUUACAAUUUUCAAAGUAAAUAAAACACAAUUUCGGACUAAUAA